AUGGCUUGUGCCAGGAUUGCCCGAUCAUUGCCCUUUCAACCAACAUCCAAGAUCAUAGAGGUCUUAGAGGGUGGAACGCUAUUUUCGGACUUGCUCACUGAGUCCUUCCGACACCAGCUAGAACAAUACAAGAUUCUCUCGUGCUAUGAGGGACUUGGCGAUGUUGUACCCUUUGACUCGGCUGUUCUGGGCCUCCCCGGUACACGCGAGACGCAGCUCCGGAUUAACGCAGAUCACAUCAACAUGUGCCGCUUCGACAUGACUGCCCAGGCAGAUAGGGAUAACUAUCGGAAGGUGGAACGAAACCUGCAAAUGCUCUGUGCAGAUGCCCUAGACCCGAAAGCCGGGGUGAUUGCAAGAUCCACCUCCCAGGGCGGCGUUGAUCUAUCUAGCGUCCUGCUACAGCAACUGGAUCCGGCCGUGAUGAGCCAUGGUAACCUAUUGUUGAGAAGUACAGGACCCUGCUUCGCAGACGUCCCAGACCUCGCAUGGCAAGUCUACCAAUUAUGUGAACAGUCCCGGGCGGCCGCCUUCGCUGACGCCGCAUCGGAUGUCUCCCGUCUGUUUAUCGGCGUGCGCAGCCUUAAAAAUCGACUCGAAACUGACACAUUUUCAACUGACAACACGGAUGAAAUUAUGGAGGUCCUGAACAAGUGCUGCCGAACGCUCCAAUCCUUCCAAUCCAUGAUCGACAUUUACCAGAAUACUACGCAGAGGGGUCGAGCGCACUGGAACAGCAGCGGCUCCCGGGAGGAAUUCUACGGGAUGGUCUUAAAGCGGACCUCCAAGAUAAUAUUGAACUAA